GCCAAAAUCGCAGCAGCUGAAAAAGCUGCUCAAGAAGAAAUUUUGAAAAGAAAAAUGGAAACUUUUAUAAAUAGAACAGUAGAUUCUACUUUAGGAAAUAAACAAGAUUUCAAUUUACCCGCCAUGAGUAGCAGUUCCAUGGUCAGUAAAAAUGAAUAUGAUAAAUUGCUAUGCAAAGUUGAAAAAUUGCAGAAAGAGAAUAGUUCUCUGAAAACUAAAUAUAAUUACGUGAACGAAAGAUUGAAUACAUUACAAAUUCUAAAUGAACGACUACAGAUGAAGUUAUUUUUAUCUAAUGAAGAAGACAUAAGCCAUAAAGGUAAAUCGGUACAAUUACCCAGUCAUAAAAAUAGUUUGCAAAUAAAGAAAGAUGUACUUGGUGCCAAAGAGACGGACGUUGCAGGAUCAUCAAUAGCAAAAAAUGAUACUUCCCCAGAAAGAGCAAACAAAUCUUUUAUUGAUGGAUUUGAAAAGUGCAACAAAUCGACUCCAUUAACAACACCACAAUCUCAAAAGACAUGGAAUGAACUGCCAAACGAAGGAAACAACACAUUUAUUCAAUAGUAAAAUA